CUUUCCAUUAUCUUCUUUGUUUGAAACUGCAAAGCUAGCAGAUCAAAAUUUGAACUUUACCUAUAACAAAGCAAAAUCAGCUAACUCCUCCUUGGCUUCUACUGACAACAAUGGCUGCUUCUUCAAUCGGGACCUUAAUUCUCCUCAACUUUCCCUAUAGUAAAAUGAAAAUGAGAGCCCAAGCUAUCCUCACUAACGGCAGCAAAAUGAGGGUUCCGUAUGAGCUGAAACAAGGGCAGACGCGUCUUUUCCACGAGCUUCCAUCUGGUCUGAAAAUGGAGGUCAUUUUCCAGAAGAAGGGAUUUUUUUCUGAUCCAGCCAAGGAACUAGAGGAACCUCAUAAACCACCCAUAGUUUUUGUCCACGGAAGCUUCCAUGCAGGUUGGUGUUGGGCUGAACACUGGUUGCCAUUCUUUUCUCGACAUGGAUUCAAUUGCUAUGCUGUUAGUCUGCUGGGGCAGGGUGAAAGUGAUGCACCUGCUGCUCCAGUUGCUGGUUCCCUCCAGACACAUGCAAAUGAUAUUGCUGACUUUAUACAUAAAGAAAUCAGGCAUCCACCAGUAUUGAUUGGGCAUUCAUUCGGAGGGCUUAUUGUGCAGUAUUAUAUUGCCAAUCUAUCAACGGACGACCAAAAGGUAUAUUACAACUCAGGCAUGAUUCAAGAAAACAAAAUCUCAUACCCCAGACUUUCCAAGGCCGUGCUUGUUUGCUCUGUGCCACCGUCAGGUAAUAGUGGGUUAGUGCGGCGAUAUCUUUUCUCCAAACCUAUUGCCGCUUUUAAGGUAACGAUGAGCUUGGCAGCCAAGGCUUUCCAAACGUCUCUACCUCUUUGUAAAGAAACAUUUUUUUCAGCUGCAAUGGAUGAUAAGUUGGUUCUUCGCUACCAAAAGCUGAUGACUGAAAGUUCAAGGCUACCCUUGUUUGAUAUCAGAAAGCUGAAUGCAUCACUCCCUGUCCCUCCGGUGGCAGAUCCCUCAUUGGAAGUUCUAGUGUUGGGCGCAAAGGCUGAUUUCAUAGUGGAUUUGGAGGGAGUUGAUGAAACUGGAAGGUUUUAUGGAGUGUCCCCUGUGCGUAUCAAAGGCGUUGCUCAUGACAUGAUGUUAGAUUGUCAAUGGCAAAGUGGUGCUGAAGAAAUUCUAGCAUGGGUAAAUAAGUAGAUAGAAAUAUCACUGUGAUGGAGGGAAAAGUGUCCCAAAUUUACCUGUCUACAACUGCUACAUAUCUUGUUAUGUUGCAGAAGUCCAGUAAAUUGUUGGGGAACACAGUAAUACUGUGUAACAUUCUUAUGUGCAGUGAUGUUUAAUAGGAGUAAUAAACCUUGAGUCACCAUGUUACAUUGUCCCACCAAUUUGGCUCUUCUGUGGUUAUUUUUCUACAUCAAAACAACGUGGGGUUUUUUAAUUAAAAUUCCGUUCUUAUGUAACUAGUCUUUUUGAACGUAGGGAUGCAAACGUCAAUCGAAAUU